AUGCGGUCAGUUGCUCAGUAUGAGAUUGAGGCCUGGUCUCUCCGCCAGUACCUGACAGGAUCUCAACACACAGAAAGAGUUCACGAGAUCGUAGAGACAGCUGUUAACAAUAUGAAACACGAAAAAGGCCCUUUUGACAUAGAGAAACACAUGUUCCAUAUAGUCCUCAAUGUCCUACACGUGUUGUGUUUUGGUAGCACUAUCGCUGUCGAUUCCGAACAGUUUUCAAAACUUCACUAUUUGUUCAAUAGCACUGGUGCGACUUUGACCAAUAAUUGGGAAGACGCUUUCCCGUUUUUACGUCAUUUUCCAAGUAAAAAGUUUAAAAACCUGGUGAAGGUCAACGGCGAGUUUCGCGAGUACCUCGAAGACCGCGUGAAAGAAGGCCGAGCAACGUUUGACGAAAACAACGUAACUACUUUGGUAGACAACAUCCUGGUCUCCCAGCGACAACUGGAGAAAGGGAACAACGCCGCACUACAGGCUAGAUUCACUAAUACGAAUGUGGUUUUGACAAUGUCCAGUGUCUUUUUUGCGGGCACUGACACCUCACGACACACUCUAGCCUGGCUGUUUCUGUAUCUGGCUAAAACUCCGGACGUACAGAAAAAAAUACACGCAGAAAUCGAUGCCACUGUCGGUGACGCUGCACCCAGCCGAGAACACAGGCCCGGACUUGUCUACACAGAGGCAGCUAUCCAGGAGAUUCUGAGACUGUUUCCAGCAGUACCCAUGGGGCUACCUCAUGAGACUCUCAGAGAUACACAUGUGUGGGAAAGAGAUUAUCAAGCAGCCACCGAGUGGGUGUUGUACGACAUGUGCGUGCCUCUGGUGGUCAAUUCGCCGGCAGCUCAUGGGGGCUUCGACAUUCCUGCUAAAACCAAGAUAAUGGUAAACCAGUAUGCCAUACUUCGAGAUCCAAAUAACUGGGAUCAGCCUGACAGCUUCAUUCCGGAGAGAUAUCUGGACAAGGCAAGGGAAAACCCCUCCAUCAAAGGGAAAAAGGUACCAUUCAAACCCGCUCCUCGCCAGCUGAGCGUCUAUCUCUGUAGACAGCUAACCUUCAACAAGCAUAUUGAGGAAGUGUCCAAAAGUGCAACCUCAAAAAUGAAGAUGAUCCGCGCUGUCAGCAACUCAAAAUGGGGCUGGGGUCAGGAGUCGCUCAAGAAGGUAUAUCAGAUGUUUGCAAAAAAGCAAGAUGGAUCAUGA